CUCCUCCACAGGACCACCGCCGCCUCCUCCUCCUCCUCUCUGCUGCGGCCGCUGUACCGUCGGUCGCCUGGACGGGUGCGGCGGCCACGUCUUCGUCUUCAUCGUGACCCACGACGGAGAGGACACACACACACACAGAGAGAGAGAGAGGCCUGGCGUCAGGGAGGAAGACGUCUCGCCUCGUCUCGUCGUCUUCUGCGGCGUCCGUUCUUCAAGCCCUCCCCCGUCGCCCACCAGUAGCCCGCCCGCCCGCUCCCCAAGGAGGACGCAGCGGUUUGCCAUGAGAAGACAGCUUUGGUUGUGCCAAAGCCAAACACGAACACCAGCCUAGGAAUUCCAGCAUGGGUUCAGGGAAUCUGGUAACGAAGAAGGUGGUAAGGAGGCCCAGCUCCAUCGACCAGGACAUAAAGUUCGAUCAAAGCUGGGUGGAGGAUGUCGCGUGCCCAAUCUGUCUCGAUUCCCCCCACAAUGCAGUGUUGCUCAGGUGCGCCUCGUAUGAGAAGGGCUGUAGGCCUUUCAUAUGCGACACCGACCAGACUCGCUCCAACUGUCUCGAGAGGUUCAGAGGCGCUCAUGGACUGCCACUGCCAGUGCCAGCCAACGCCAGAGCCUCCUCCCGUACCGUGGCUCCUCUCAACAGCAUCCAUACCAUUACCAUCUCUUCGUCGAAUGCAAACAACAACCGCCCGGCUUGCCCGCUGUGUAGAGGCGAUGUGAUGGGGUGGUUCGUCAUCGGCGAGGCUCGCUCGCACCUUAACCAGAAGAGAAGAUGCUGCGAAGAGAGCCGCUGCUCGUACGUCGGCAGCUUCCACGAGCUCCAGAGGCACACCCAGCAAAAGCAUCCGGACUCGCGCCCUUCCGCGAUCGACCCUGCUCGCCGGGCCGAUUGGGAGAACCUGCAGCGGUCUUCCGACGUGGUAGAUGUCCUGAGCACAAUACACGCGCAGGUUCCAAACGGUGUGGUUCUUGGAGACUAUGUCAUCGAGUACGGGGACGGUGACGAAGCUGGAGACGACGACUACGAGGUUUACCACGGGGUUAGAGCAAGCUGGUGGACGUCCUGUAUCUUCUGCAAAGCGUUCUGUAGGUCUUCCCCCCCAGGAGGAGUCCGGAGAAGGACGAGAACAGGGGAAAGGAGAAGCAGUGGUGGAAGUGGAACAAGGAGCAGCAGCAACAGGUCUAGCUCUAGUCAAGAAAGGUUCACUCUUGAUGAAGUUGACGAUGGAUAUGUAGUUGCAGGGGCCAUGGCCAGGGCUGCCGUGUCAGGGACAAUGGAUGCUCGUUACAGGUCUGUUUGGUAACUGUGCUGUUGUUUCCUGCUUUCUGUUAUUCAUCAGAGAUCAUAUGGUUAAAUGCCAUGCACACAUACAGAAUCGAAGAUAUCAUGAGAAAUGACUUUGUUUUAUUUAAGUUCUCCAUUUGUACGCAUUUUUUUUUUUGUUUCGUCGAUGUAAAAGUGUGUCCAAUUUUAGUACCCUGUCUCUGAUAUAUAUGAACUAUUUCAUCCAUUCAUCAAUUCAGGGAUCCAACACUUGGACACCGACGUUCGCAUUCCUAGGAACAUUAACCGGGGAGGAAAAUAAGGAAAGCUGUGCUGGUGUAGGAUGCAACAAAAAAUCAGAUCCGUUCUACCUCUGCUCAUUUUUAUUCUUUUUUUUCUCUUGGGAGCUUCAUGUACAUAUAUAUAUAAAUAUAUAAAGAUUGUAGGGAACUUUUUUU